UCCGCCCCAGCCACCCCUCCCGCGGCGGCGGCGCAGAGUGCUGAGCCAAGAUGGCGGCUGAGUCGGAGUACGAGUCCGUUCUGUGUGUGAAGCCUGACGUCAGCGUGUACCGGAUUCCACCGCGGGCCUCGAACCGCGGCUACAGGGCAUCCGACUGGAAGUUAGACCAGCCUGAUUGGACUGGUCGCCUCCGGAUCACCUCGAAAGGGAAGAUUGCCUACAUCAAACUCGAAGAUAAAGUUUCAGGGGAGCUGUUUGCUCAGGCACCAAUAGAACAGUAUCCGGGCCUUGCUGUGGAGACAGUGGCCGACUCCAGUCGCUACUUUGUAAUCCGGAUCCAGGAUGGUACUGGGCGGAGUGCGUUCAUUGGCAUCGGCUUCUCAGAUCGGGGGGAUGCCUUUGACUUCAAUGUCUCCUUGCAGGAUCACUUCAAGUGGGUGAGACAGGAAUCUGAGAUUUCCAAAGAAUCUCAGGGACUGGACAGUCGGCCCAAGUUGGAUCUGGGCUUUAAGGAAGGGCAGACCAUCAAACUGAGUAUUGGGAAUAUCACAACCAAGAAAGGAGGGACUGCCAAGACCAGGCCUGCAGGCACUGGAGGGCUCAGCCUGCUGCCACCCCCACCCGGGAGCAAAGUGACCGUUCCCCCGCCUUCCUCAGUCGCCAUCAGCAAUCAUGUCACCCCGCCCCCCAUUCCAAAGGCCAGCCACGGAGGUAGUGACGCAGAUAUCCUCUUAGAUUUGGAUUCGCCUGUGCCUGUUCCGACACCGGCGUCCGCACCGGUCUCUGCAAGCAAUGACUUGUGGGGCGACUUCAGCACUGCGGCCAGCUCUGUUCCAAGCCAGCCACCACAGCCAUCCAACUGGGUCCAGUUUUGAACAGCUUUGGAAGGACAUUAAGGACAGACUUGAAGAAUCAAAAUGACCUUGAGGGCACCAAUCAAUCUGUGAGGGAAGUCAGGAAGCCCUUCCCUCCUAAGAACCGAAUUCCUGGACAGUCUUUUCCGUAACUUCUCCGUUGCAUUCGAGCUGAUUGAGGUCCGUCCCUGUGCUGGCUCUCCGUGCGCAGCCGGGGGAGUGUGUGUUGUGCCCUGCUGACCGCCAGGGCGGGGAGCGUGGCUGUUAACCGUUCUCCUGGCUGGCUGUGCUCCAAAGGCCAGUGAGCAUUUGAGGGGAAAGUGACCUGCAACAUCUGUACAUUUGUUUUCUGUGCUUUAAGUUCUUUAACUUAUUUCAAAAAAAAAUCAUCUCAUGGCCCUGUGUGCCUGUUUGUGAAGUCCUGUUGAGCGAUUUCAGGAGAGAUGAGAACCCUAGAACUUCCUUCUUUACCAACC